UUUUUAAUUAAAGUGCGCCACGCUCGUCGGGCGCAUCGAGUGCACAUGCGCAGACUACUGCCAUGCGGUAUUCAGUGGGUUCUCUAACCUAACCUCAUCGUAGUGUCGAUUUUAUGAUAACGUGAAGUAGUUACGGGCAUCAAUUAAACGAAACACUCGAGCGUCAUCAAGAUGGGUCAAAUAGGAGAUCAGGAUAGCGAUAGAGUCGCAUCCGAUCUUCAGAACGAACAUAAGACUGACACUCAAGUCGAGAAAGAGAGCAAGAAAACGCACAAAUGUAAUUAUCCCGAUUGUCAAGCUGUGUUUCCACGAUCUUCCAAAUUGGAGAGGCAUAUGAGAUUACAUACAGGAGAGGUAACAAUCAGGCCGUACCAAUGCAGCCAUCUAGGAUGUACAAAGUCAUACACAAAUUCAUCUCAUUUAAAAAGGCACUUAGAAACUCAUAAUCUUGUGAAAAAAGCAUACGAAUGUACAAAAUGUUCAAUGACAGUCAGCUCUCUUCACAAUUUGAGACGUCAUUACAAGAGGACACACUGCGAGUUAUUCUGUAAGGAAUGUGACCUGACUUUCAGCAAGAAGUAUCAGCUUAAUAAACAUUUAGCUCAACAUUUGGGACUCAGGGGACCCUACAAGUGUGAUAAAUGCAACAUAAGUUAUAUGAGUGGCUAUAGAUUUCGUUUGCACAAAAUGAUGCACGAGAAGCGUUAUCCUUGUCCAGUGUCUGGAUGCUCAGAAGUGUUUGAUCAAUGUGUGCUUAUGCGUAAGCAUAAAGCAAAACACUACUAUACAUGUGAUGUUUGCAGCAAGGUUUUUCUCGGUCUAGGUAGAUUUAAAACACAUUGUAAAAUACAUUCUGAGAACAAAGUGUCCAUACCAUGUCCAUAUGACAAUUGCCACAAAGUUUACACUUCUAACUCUAAUUUGAACACUCAUGUGAGGGCUAAACAUCUUGGAGUAAAAUUUUACUGUGACUUAUGCUCUGUGGGACUUGUGUCGAAAAAACGAUUGGAAAUACAUAUUCAGAGUCAUUAUGCUAAAUCCAAACCGAAGAAGGAAAAGAAAAAGCCAAGUAAGCGAAAAGAUGCUGGUAUACCAAAGAAAAGCAACCUGAGUGCCUUAAUUGGAGUCAACUUCUCACAUCAUUUAGAACAAAUGAUAAUGAAACGAGAAACAAAGAUAAACGAUACACCGACAACAGUGGAAGUGUCUUCAUAAAUAGUCUAACAAUGUAAAAAAAUUAAAUCUGUAGAUUAGCCUUAUGUGCAAUUGAUUGUAUGACAUUUUUUUUCAUCUUUAAAUAUGAGUACAAAGUGAAAUCUGACACUUCUUAAAAUUGAAUAAUAAAUAAGGUUAUUUAUUAAAAAAACAAAUUCAUUAAGAAAUGUGUUAAUAAAAUUAAUGUCUGGUAUAAUCAAUUGAUAUUAAACUCGAUAUUAAAUAUA